AUGGCUCCCCUCUCAUUUACUCCGUCUCACGCCGUGCUUUUCUUCUUGCUCUUCCUGUCCGUAUGUUCUUCCUCUCCGUUCGCCGUCACUGCAGCGGCAGUCCCCGGCCCCGCCAGGGCAAUCCGGAAUGGAAGUGGCUUCUCGAGGAUCUACGCGUUCGGGGACUCCUUCACUGACAUAGGCAACACCAACGACUCCUUGUGGCCCUUCUCCUUCGGCCACGCUCACCAACUCCCUUAUGGAUCCACCUUUGGCCGGCCCACCGGCCGCUACUCCGACGGCCGCCUCGUGGUCGACUUCCUCGCCGCCGCCCUCUCCCUUCCCUCUCCUCCGCCGUAUCUCCACCCGGCCGGCGCCAUGAACUCCUCCGCCGGCGCCAACUUCGCCGUGGCCGGCUCCACCGCCAUCGAUCACUCCUUCUUCGUCCGCAACAACCUCUCCCUUGACAUCAUCCAGCAAUCCCUGGGGACGCAGCUGGCCUGGUUUGAGAGGCUCAUGGCAGAGCGGGGCUGUGGCGGGAGGCGGCAUCGCAGGUUGCCCGCCGCGUGCACCGCCGAGAUGGAGAGCGCCCUCUUCUGGGUCGGCGAGAUCGGGGUCAACGACAACGCCUAUAUCGUCGGCUCCCGCGUCUCGCCGGACCAAGUCCAGGAGCUGGUCCUCGACAGCGUCACCAGAUUUCUCGAGGUAAGAAGAAGACUGGAACAGUUCGUUAUCCUUUACCACUCCCAAGAGAGUCUCUGCGCAUUCAGAUUAUUGGCGGUGGUGAAGUGGGGUUUUUCGUUUAACAGAGGACAGAUAGUAGCAAUUUUUUUAAAAGCAGAGGACAGUUCCUCGUUUCGUUUAACAGAGGACAAAUUCAAGCCCUCUGUUUUUAUAUUUUUUUUGCAUGUCUAUCCUAUUUACUACGACAUUAUCUCUUCAAUUCUUUAAUGGGUAAAUAAAAGAGCUGGAGAUUAUAAUAAAGGUAUCUAUUUUUUGGGGUAUAUAUAAAGUUUGUGUUGCGUGUAGAUUCCUAGAGCGACCAGAAGAGGCAGCAGGCCUCACUCCAUGGGUGAGGUUGGAGCUUCCGCUGUCUGAUUAUUUUUCUUAUACCCUAAUUUUCUCGGACCUCAUACACUUUGGCGUGCGGCAGGGAGUUAUGAUAAUGAACUUUCUGAAUUUACUGCUCAUGGUCAUAAAUGUAAUUUUUUCGUAAAUAUACUUUUUUAUUUUAUACGAAAACAUUAGAUAAAUAGUCUUUAAAUAUCUAUGCGAUAACUGUGGAGAAGAAUAAUGAUAAAUUCAGUUUUUGGGUACUCGUGAAAAGAAAAUAAUCGGUCUUCUUCUUCCUUUUCUGGCUACAGGCCCUCCUCAGCAAGGGCGCCAAGUACAUGGUCGUGCAAGGGCACCCGCUCUCCGGCUGCCUCCCCCUCACGUUGAGCCUCGUCCCUGCUGGAGACCACCGGGACGACCUCGCAUGCUCCGCCUCCCAGAACCGCCGCAGCGCCGCCUUCAACGUCCUACUCCAGUCCAGGCUGGACGACCUCCGCCGCCGUCAUCCACGUGCCAUCAUCUCAUAUGCCGACUACGCCGCCGCCCACCGCGCCGUUAUGAAGAACCCCAAGGCCUUUGGCUUCCGGGAGCCCUUCAAGACCUGCUGCGGGUCCGGCGGCGGCCCAUUCAACUUCGAUCUAUUCGCCACGUGUGCCACUCCGGCGGUGACCACCGCCUGCCCAGACCCGAGGAGGUACAUCAACUGGGACGGGGCCCACCUGACGGAGGCCAUGUAUAAGGUCCUCGCCGACAUGUUCAUCCGCCGCGGGUAUUGCCGGCCGUCGUUCAGCUUCCUGUUGAGCAGCAAGCAGCGCGGGGUUUGA